AUGGCACAACUAUGUGCUGCGCGAGCCGUGGCAGGUAUAGGCGGAGGAGGCAUGAACUCUGUUGUCGCCAUCCUUCUGAGUGAUCUCGUACCGCUCAAGGAUCGUGGUGUGUCGCAAGACAGGAUCAGCAUUCUCUUUCUCGCCGGAACUGCUACUGGAGCUCCCGUUGGAGGAAUUUUGGCCGAUUCUGUCGGCUGGCGAUGGUCGUUUCUUGUCCAGGUUCCACUAUGCUUCUUUGGUUUCAUAGCCGUCCGCAAGAUUGACUUUCUCGGCGCUUUCACUCUCGUAGCGGCUGUAGUUGCUCUCCUCUUUGGUCUGGAUUCUGGCUCUAACCUCGGAUGGUCACAUGCUAUGGCUGGCGCCGCCCUGUCUUUAACUCCAGUUCUGUUUGCCUUGUUUCUUUUGAUCGAAAUAAACGUGGCUUCUCAUCCAUUUACGCCCGGACACAUAAUAUUUGAUCGUAGCUUGUUCGUCUACUAUGGGGUGGGUUUCUUCUCAGGGGCGGGACAGACAUCGACCAUCUUCUUUUUACCUCUCAUCUUUCAAGCUGUUCAGGGCCUAUGUGCUACUCAGAGUGGUUCCUUGCUUGUCCCAGGAAUGGUUGCAGGUGUUGCAGGCUCACUUUCAGGUGGCUGGAUUAUCAAAAGAACAGAAAAGCUCUACGCCAUAACGUUAUCGGCCAAUGCACUCGUCUUCGCUUCAGUCAUCCCCAUGGGCAUGUUCGUCUGGCUCCAUUCAACCGCCGGAGAGACUACUGGUCUUCCUAUUAUGUCAUUCGGAGCCGGCUGUGGUAUGAUGACAAAGCUAUUGCUGACAUACUGUGGGAUCUACCUUGCUGACAGUGUUUAG